UGAUUUUAUUUUAUCGUGUGUGUCCACUCUGGAGGUCCGACCUCCUUUUUUCCUGAAAGAAGUUUCUAUCCUGCGAUGUGUGAUGUCUCUUUCCUUCUUCCUUCAAUCGACCUCUAGUUCCUCUCAGUGAUCGACCUUAACCUUGGGUUCCUGAAAAAAUUGGACGUGAUUGCGGGGGGAAGUUGAGCUGGAUGAUCGGUGGUUAUUCCAAUAAGAAGCAUCCAUCCGCAAACGGUCGCCUGUCCAGACCUGUCGACGUCGGCGUAUUGCGCCAACCUACUCUGUCUGGCCUUCCUUACCUCAGCUUUGCCUCUCCGAACAACAAUCAGCCGCUGAGUUGGCCCAUCGCUGUCUCUCCUCUUUCCCUGUCCCCUUCCCACUUCUUCUUCUUCUUCUCUUUUUCUUUAUAUUAUCUUGUUUCUUUCUUUUCAACUACCCUUGUCGUUCGUUUUCUCUGCGUCACUUUCUUUGGUUUGUUGGAGUGAGAAGGAAGGCUACUUACUAUACGACCCGCUUACCACCUAUAUACUUCGCAACUUCCCAAUUAAGCUCGGCUUGUAUACCGAUCGCUUUCGCUUGCUAUCCUCCCCAUCACUACGGUCGCUUCUCUUCUACUACAACAUUAUCCCUCACAACUGAUCCGGUUCAAAGAUCAUGACGUUCUUCAAGCAGCUGCGGCGUUCCAGACCGAGCUUUCGCACCACCAAGUCCGAGGAGUCGAAAUCCAACGAAUCUCAUUCCAAUGGUGAGAUGACGUCGGGGCAGUCGUCGACCACCCUCGAUACUUCCUCCUACAGCUCGGUGACCCCACCUUCCUCCAUCAAACCCGAUCGCUCGUCCCCAAACCUCCCGGCGCUUAAUGAGUGCAACGACAACAAUGCCAAUGGCACAGACCCCCCGGCAGUCCCUCAACGUCCUCCACUCCACACGACUCAGAUGAAACGAAAUAGCGUUGUGAGCGGUAGCGUAAUGUCGUCCAAUGGUGCUAGCCGAUCGCCCUCGUCAUCUUCACCGUAUGCCCCCAGGAUUAUCUCCAUCUCGGACGGCUCGUGGGUACACCAGAAAGUGCUAUUGCUCUACGGUCAAACCGGAGACCCCAGGCACCAUCCGCUGGACGGAACCGUAACCGCCUAUCACCACCAGGAUAACUUCCCAUCUGUCAGCUGGCCUGUCACCGCAUCACAUUUCAAGGCGCUCGUUCAUCUGGUGCCGGGUCCUAAUCGAUUACGUUUCGACUUUGUGUCAACCAAACUGUCCUCGGGGAGUGCACAUCCGGCGAUCCAUUCCUCGUGGAUCUGCAUCAACUAUCUCCCGUUGGACAGUGCUCCUCCACUGCACCUGGUUGUCUUGCUUGGGAAGGACUCGGAGGGAACCUUCGAUGCGCCCCCGGAAAAGACGCAGAGGGAGGGACGUGGCCUGGACACUGCCAUUCGGAAAUAUCGCACGGCAGCGUAUUUGUGGCAGGCAUUUACCGGCGAACAAAUGUUCCGCAACAACCUUGGACGGCGCUGUUUCCGUUUCGAAGAGGAGUGGCAGACCGGAACCCUCAGCCGUCGAGAUACGGCUAACGGGCAGAUGCGGAACGAGGCGAAGGUCCACGUUGUUCGCACGGAGAAGACCGUAGCGGAGCUCCGGGAUCUCAACAUUGCGCAACAAUAUGGCCCGGCCACACAAAAGAAUGAAUUAUUCAAGAUCGCCAGGGAUGCGGUGCGGAACCACUUCCGGCCUCAACCGGGCCAGAAGCAGUAUGUUUCCGUUUUACUGCUCGACUCGCACUGGGACACGGGGUCCCAAACCAUCACCGGUCAUGCCGCGUUAGGAUCAGAUGGCGGCGACAUCAAGAUGGCGAUCUUCGGUUCCCACAGCCUCCAGAGCUACCCUUGCAGCCUGGAGGAAGUGGUCGAUGCCUUCUCGGACUGCAGUCGAACCAAUACGGACUUCGUGGCGAAUGACUGCGGGGAAGCGGGGUCCAACUGGGAGGCUGCAAACAUCGGCAUUGGAGCCCACCUGCAUGAGGUCGGCCAUCUCUUCGGAUGUCCGCACCAAGAGUCGGGCAUUAUGCUUCGCGACUAUGUCCGGUUCAAUCGGUCCUUCACCACCCGCGAGCCCUUCUCAACCCGGACCAAGGCCCAAGGGCUGAAACUUGCCCUGCCGCAAGAUGAAUGCUCUUGGCACCGUCUAGAUGUCUUGCGGUUCCGCUUCCACCCCUGUUUCCGCCUUCCCACCGACGCGCCGGUGAGCUCGGACGGCAGCGUUCAAGUCUGGCCUGUUGAGAAUGGGAAAAUCCUCAUCACCGCCUCAUCUGGGAUUGCCUUCCUGGAGCUGUACGCGGAGGGUGACCAGGUUUGCCGCAGUUUUGUUGAGUAUCUCAACACGGAAUCGAGCCCCAACGGACUCCCGAAACAGGUCACCGUCACGGAGAGCGAACUACGCCAGCGGGUGUUUGGCGGGGAACGCGAAAAGAAGAAGCAGGUCAAGAUGACCAUCUUCUCAGGGGCCCUUGGCAGCCAUACCGUGAAUGCUUUGAGCGACCUGAAAUCGAAGCGAUCGGUCGUGAAGCUUCCCAAGGGCCAUACCGGGUACAAGAGUAGUCAACUCGGCUUUUCGCAGAUGGAAGGCAGCCACCCGGAACAGGUCAUCCUGGACAGUGCCUUCGUGUCCACCAAGCUAUUGACCUCCAUCAAGGUUUACCACGGUGCGUCGUUGGAUGGGUUAGAAUUUUUCUACGAAGAUGCUACAAGUCAGCUUUUUGGGGGACGAGGAGGAAAGCCUGGUGGGGACGAGUUUGUGCUCGACACACGGCGGGGUGAAAUCUUGCUUGGCUUCUACGUCCGGGCCGGUGCUUGGAUCGACGGGAUUGAGAUUUUGACCAGCCUGGGGAGGAAAUCAGGGAUCUAUGGUAACGCCCAUGGAGGCUCGGGACACACAUUGAUCCCGCCUUUGGGGUAUAAAGUGGCCGGGGUUUCCGGAUCCUGUGGCCCAUGGGUGGACGGGUUCUCACUAAUAAUUUCACACUGA